CUAAUAGGUACCUAACCUAACAUACCUACCUCAAAAACAUAUGUGUUGCUUAUUCUCAAGCUUCAUGCAAGUGACAACGCAUCACUUACUAAAUGUAAUCAAAAUUUACGACUCAUUAUCAAAUUGCGAUUCCAACAUUGAGGCUUAACAUGAGUGACGUCCCGAUUCCAGUUGCCCCUGAAGAUGCACCAUUCCCCUUGACGGAUGUUGAUAAGUGGGUUUUAUCUCUAACCGAUGAAGAAUACCAAUAUCACGACUGGGAAGACGUAAAAAAGAUCAUAGAGGAAAAUAACCUUUCCGUCCUCAAGCGAAAACCAUCCGAUUUGAGACGAUAUAUGCGAUGGACCGCGGAGAUCAAGGCUGAAUACGGAUCCAUGACGAACUAUCUUAUGAAACACCGACUACCAAAAGCUUGGGGCUCUCCUCCUUUCAAACCAGCAUCCACCACUCCAUUUAAUGAUCCGUCUGACUAUAGAGUCCUCAUCAAUGACUGGCCCUAUGGCAUGAUGCCAAACAUGACUCACAUAGUCGUCUGGUCAAGAACAGCAAUCCCUACGGACCCUGAGACUGGGGAUAUGACCCCCGAAAGCCGUGAGAUUAUCAGGAGAUUUAUAAAAAGGUUCUUCGUGGACAAAUUAGGCCCAGGAGGAGAUGAGAAAGUCUUGUGGUUCAAGAACUGGAUUGCGCUGCAAAGCGUGAGGGCACUAGAGCAUAUUCAUAUCAUCGUCAGAGAUGCUGACAAAGACACGCUGGAUCAGUGGACUGAGGAGCUGGAUUGUCAUAGGUUACUGAACUAGAUGAGCAAUUAUAUUGAUUCAAGUAUAGAACUUUGAAAACAU